AACUUGUGAAACCGCGAAACGCGAGCGUGUCUGUGUUUGUGGAGUCUUGCCUUUCAAAACUGACAUGGAAAAUGUCACUCGUGAACACAUUUUGCAGUGUAUUCAGGAGGAAAACUUGAGCGAGAUUUUACAAGUCCUUUCGGAGAACUCUCUCGGCGAAUGUACUGACACUGUGACCGCAGUUAAGCAAAUCCUUAAAGCAAUUCAGCCGGACCAGCAAAAGCUGCGUCUGCAGGUAUUUCGCUUCAUACUGUCGGUUCUUCAAAAAGCAGAUGUUUCACCUGGCGUUGCGUCGCAGCUGCUGGGAAUUCUUCACACACUGAUGCCUCAUAUUGCUGUGUCAGAGUUGGCAAAGGUCGUUCAUGGUCUUCUAAAGGCUGUCAAAACAGGUCGCCAUUCAGAAGGAAGGUGGCUUGAAGCUGUUCCACAGCUCUUGAGUCGAGCUGCAAGUUGUUCCUGGGUGGAAGGACCAAAUGGGGAAACAUUGUCAGGGCCCCAAUGGAAGCAGCUGGUUGUACAAGAAUUAUGUUCAUGUCCGUGGACCCCUCCCUGGGCCCUACCUCUUGCUCGGCUUUUCAGUGAGUUGCAGGUGGACACUCGAGAAGUGGCAUACGCGGUAGAGAAGCUACUAGAAGUUCUGCCACAUCUGAAACUGUUGGACGUUGCUCCGUUGCUGCACCAGUUGCUUCUGUUGCCCAGUGAGGGCAGUAUCAUCACAGUCUUGGAUGCCACCAUAAAGUUCUUGAAUGACCAGCCAAAUGACGGAAGUUCGAGUACCAAGCAGGCUGAGGGAACGAUCAUUUUGCACGUUGUGUUCGCGACUCGCCAGAACUUGGACAUUGGUCGGAAGCUGGUGCACCUUCUCAAGGAACGGCCCACGUCUUUCGUUCUGAGCAAAUUUUCUUUGGCUCUGGCUCUUGCAUUGGCUAAGACAGACCCUUUGGCUCAACAGCUGCUUCAGGUAUUGAAAAGUGCCGUGAGCAUGCACUUUGAAGAACACUCUCUGUUGCAACGGUCGCAAUGGGCCCGUUCCCUCCUUCAGAAAAAGACAGCAAAAGAGGAGUGCAUGCUUGACGUUGCUGAUUGCUGUCAGGGUCCGGGUGGAUGGGCAGAGGUUGUCCAAGGGCUUGUGCGCUUUGGAUUCCUCUUGCUAGAUUGUGAUGGGCAGUCCAUGUCCGACCUUGGAGCAAGACUCAUAGUGCGUGUAUUGAGCCCUGUGUCCUGCCAUACCAUCUUGGAUCUACUCAUUCAGCGGCUGCUAGGGCCGUCCCCUACACUUACAAGUAGCUUGGCCGUUCUAAGCAAGAUAAUAACGGGUAGCUCCACCCUGGUGCUUCGACACGAGACUAAGUUGAUGGAGUUGGUGGGCUACCUGUCGCGUCUCCCCUCGGCACAUGCUGCUCACAUCCUUCGAGUUCUCCUGCCCGUCGUAAAAGUUUCGGCUUCGCUCAGAGACUCUUUAGUAAUUAUUCUCAGAAAGGCGGCCUUUAGCAGGGAUACUGAGGCCCGCAAAGUGGCUGCUUUGGGUUGCCUCGUACUGCUACCAUGCAAGCCUCUGUUUGAAGACAUUAUAAGCAUUCUUAGUAAAGCUCUUACACAGCAGUCUUGCGUUCGACGAUUGGUCUAUGAGGGCCUCCCGCAAGUGUUAAGCCGCAACCGUGACCUUUGUGGUCCAGUCCUGCAGCUUCUUUGCUCGCAGUUGCAGAAAUACAUUCCAUCCAAUGAUGACGCUUGUCCACCGCUGUUCAUUGCCGAGAUUGUCCAAAUACGGAUGGACGAAGCUGUUUUGUUGGAGCCCUUGAGUUCUCUGACCUUGUGCUGCCAUCGAUGCCUGGCAGCUUGGCUCGAACAUCAUCCUGGGGGCUCGGAACUCCCUCAGCAGUUGUCGAAGUUGCUGAAAAACAUAGUUGAACGUAUCGCUCGUGUGGAUCCCCAAGAUUUUGGCUUGGACAAGUUAGCAGACUGGAGCACUGGUAGCAGUGUUGGUCAAAAAAACACAUUAGUAGCAACGGAGCUCAGAGCACUCUGUGAUGCUUUGAUAGAGGUCGCUCUGGCAAAGUACAACUGGAGCUCCAACAACAUCCAGGAUGCUCAGGAUUUAUUUGGCGUAGCUUCGAAGAUGGAGCAGUUGCUCGUUCAUGUGCCGAAGAAGGAAGCCGGUGUUCGUCGUGCCCCAUUCAAGCCACCUUAUAAUUUCAGCCCAGCAUUUCUGGCUGCUUUUCUGCCUCGCCUGUUCAGCCCCGAAAUGUUCUGUGACAGCAAUUUUACCCAAUACAUAGUGGCGGCUGCCAAUCACUGGCUUACUCAAAGUACCGUAGAAACCUGGGACAUGGAUUUCAGCUUUAAGAUUGCGAGGGGUCUCCUAACAGUGUACGAAGAACGCGUGACAGUGGGUCCGGCAUCGCUCACUGGCCUGUGCGUUCAGAGUGUGAGCAGUUUCUUAUCAAAACAGCAGGGCAGAAGUGAGCAAAUGCUGCCACUGCUCAGGGCUCUAGAAGGCUGCAGUGAGGGUACCUUGGAGGAACUCGCGAGGAAGCAGCUGCAGCGAUACCAGGCGUUUGUCGUGCAGGUGCUGAAGGAAGAUGGGCGAAUGAAAGAGAUUGUCUCCCUGGCUGCCAUGUGCACUACACUGUGUGGCAACAUCGAGGGGGAAUCUGCUCGUCAGUUGUACGCUUGGAUUCAAAGCCUCUGUUCGCAACAAUCUCUAGAGGACACUGCAGCGUGCAAGAGUUUGUUGACGCUCUUCUUCACCGUCAAUUCCCAGACCAAGUCAGGCCUGCAAGUGCUUUUUGAAGUCUCCGAGAACAUCCACCUUCAGUUUGGAACGAUUGACGAGGAUGUGGAAUCAAAUAAGAGACAGACAUACGCGAUCAUCAACACAGAGACUGCAGCUUCUGCCUUGGGCGUUCUCCUGGAACACUUGCAGGUUGCGUUACAGCGGUUGGACUGGAUGAUGACACUUCUGAAGCGUUACCACGCGGCAUCCAACGCCGACCAAGUAGCAAAGCUCGAGGUGGGCGUGUGUCGCCAGCUGGGCUACCUGGUGACCAUCUUUGCCGAGAUCAGCCAGUCGUGUUUGCCUCACCAACUCAGUCAACUCACCCUCAGGCUACUCACUAAACUGUUCAACUCAUUAGCGGCACUGAGCAAAUACUACGUGUUGCUAUACGUGCACAAGGUUGGGAGGCUGUGCGACAAGUUUGAGAAGUUGGUUCGUCUGACGGGAACCCACCUGACACCGCACAUCUACGCCUUGAUCACCUUUUUGCAGACGGCCGAAAAGCAACCGAAGAAAAAAACGCAAAGCAAAGAAGUCACUCCGAGUCUUAUCUUUGCUAUUGAGCAGUAUGAAAAACUGAUCAUUCAGCUAUCAAAGAAAUCUAAGGUAAAUUUGACCGAAGGCUGCAAGAGGAGCACGGCCAGGGAUUUCCGCAUCAAUGCAGCCACUGUGGAGGCUGCACUUCACUCUGCGGACACAACGGGUGAAUGCAGUCGAAAACGGGUUAGGACGGACGACUCGUCGGAUGAUGAUGCCGGCCACGUUCAGUAAAUUAUUUCCUAACUGACACGUUGCCCAUGCUUGGGUGACAGAUCUUGAAGGUCCCUCAGAUAUGUAAAGUAUUUGUUACGA